UCAAUGGCUGCAUUCACACCUGCUAAUAACUACUUGCUUGCCUGUGGAUCCUCACAAAAUGUGAUCUUUCUUGGCCAAACAUAUGUUCCUGAUUCAGUUCAAUCCUCCGUUGCUUUGAAAAGCCGUGGGGAUUCUUUUGUUGUCACCUCCAACUCCACUGCUCCCUUCCCUAUUUAUCAGUCGGCUCGAGUCUUCAGGAGCACGGCCUCGUACAGAUUCGAUAUAAAGCGACAGGGUCGACACUGGGUUCGCCUCCACUUUUACCCUCUUCCCGGUCAAAAUCUGACUUCUGCUUCCAUCACUGUUGUGACUGAGGAUUUUGUGCUGUUGCAUAACUUCAGUUUCGAUACCUACAAGGGUUCAUAUCUCUUCAAAGAGUAUGCAGUUAAUGUGACUUCAAACAGCUUGCUGGUCACGUUCAUUCCUGCGAAUGGCUCUGUGGCCUUUGUCAAUGCCAUUGAGGUCGUGUCUGUUCCGGACAGCUUGAUUCCUGACCAGGCGUCUGUCGCGCCAUAUGGUCAGUUUGAUGGCCUUUCUGGGCUGGCUUUGGAGACCAUCUAUCGGCUAAAUAUGGGCGGUCCUCUGAUUACUGCUCAGAAUGACACUUUGAGGAGAACUUGGGAGAAUGAUGGCAAGUAUCUCCAUGUGAACAGCUCUGCCUCAAAUGUUUCUGUCGACCCUUUGAAUAUAAAAUAUGGUGAUGCUGUUGCACCCGAGAUAGCUCCUAAUUAUGUCUAUGCUACUGCUCAGACCAUGGGAGAUGCGAGCGUGUCUAAUGUGAACUUUAACAUUACAUGGGUCCUCCAAGUUGAUCCCAGUUUCUCGUAUUUCUUGCGGGUGCAUUUCUGUGACAUUGUGAGUAAAUCUCUGAAUAGCCUGAUAUUUAACCUAUACAUCAAUACUGAUAUUGCUGUUGGGAGUCUGGAUCUAUCGAAUAAAGCUGGCAACUUGGAUGUGCCAUAUUACACAGAUUUUGUCUCCAAAGUUCCUGCAGAUUCGGAUACUCUCACAUUAAGCAUUGGUCCUGACAUUAAUGCUGAUUUUCCAAAUGCCAUAUUGAAUGGUCUUGAAGUCAUGAAAAUCAGCAAUGAAGCCAAAAGCUUGACUGGAAGCUUGCCCGUGGAUACUCUCCUCGUGCUGCCUCCCAAAAAGCAUAAAACCGGUACCAUAAUCGGCUCUGUGGUUGGUGCUGUGGUUGCAUUAAUCCUUUGUGGAUUGUGUUGCUUCUGCUUGGUGGCUCGUAGGUCGAAGGAAGCCAACCAGGGAAGUUCGUGGCUUCCUCUGCCCAUGUAUGGAAACUCUUUGACCAUGACAAAAAUGUCUACUGUUUCUCAGAAGAGUGGUACAGCCAGUUGCAUCUCGUUAGGUUCCUCCAGUCUUGGCCGGUUCUUCACGUUUCAAGAAAUAAUGGAUGCAACUAAUAAAUUUGAUGAAGGCAUGCUACUCGGUGUUGGUGGUUUUGGUAGGGUGUACAAAGGAACUCUGGAGGAUGGAACUAGGGUGGCUGUCAAGAGAGGGAAUCCGAGAUCCGAGCAAGGUAUUGCUGAAUUUCGAACUGAGAUUGAAAUGUUGUCCAAGCUCCGCCAUCGUCACCUUGUGUCACUUAUUGGCUACUGCGAUGAGCGGUCUGAGAUGAUUUUAGUGUAUGAAUACAUGGCUAACGGGCCUCUCCGGAGCCAUCUCUACGGAACAGAUCUUCCACCCCUUUCCUGGAAACUGCGUCUGGAAAUAUGCAUCGGUGCAGCUAGGGGGCUUCAUUACCUCCACACUGGAGCGGCACAGAGCAUCAUUCAUCGAGAUGUGAAAACAACCAAUAUACUCCUAGAUGAGAAUUUCGUUGCAAAGGUGGCCGAUUUUGGUCUGUCUAAAGCCGGACCAGCCAUUGAUCAGACACACGUGAGCACAGCUGUCAAAGGUAGCUUCGGAUACCUUGAUCCCGAGUACUUCAGGAGGCAACAGCUCACUGAGAAAUCAGACGUCUACUCAUUUGGCGUGGUUCUCAUGGAGGUGCUUUGCACGAGACCAGCCCUCAACCCGGUUCUUCCUCGAGAGCAAGUGAAUAUUGCCGAGUGGGCGAUGACCUGGCAAAAGAAGGGAAUGCUGGACCAUAUCAUGGACAAGAAUCUUGUAGGGAAGGUAAACAGUGCUUCUCUCAAGAAAUUCGGUGAGACGGCAGAAAAAUGCCUGGCUGAGCACGGUGUCGAUAGGCCUUCCAUGGGAGAUGUUUUGUGGAACUUGGAGUAUGCUCUCCAGCUGGAGGAGACGACAUCCGCCCUUAUGGAGCCGGAUGAUAAUAGCACAAACCAUAUCCCUGGCAUUGCCUUAACGCCGCUGGAGCCAUUUGACAACAGCGUGAGCAUGAUAGAUGGAGUUAACUCAGGAACAGACGACGAUGCAGCCACCAGUGCGGUUUUCUCUCAGCUAGUGAAUCCUCGUGGCAGGUGAACAAUGGAAAAUCUCGAUUUGAUUUUGCAUCUCUGUGAUCGGUCAUUCUGACUGGACUCGACUUUCGGAUUCAAAGAUGAGCUACAGAUUUUACAUGACUCUGAGUAUACAAAGUCUGUAGGUCAGACAAGACAAUAGGCAUCUUCUCAGACAUAAAGAUGCUUUUCUCUUGUUUAUAUCUGCCAAAGGUCAACAAAUCCUUUGUUAGAAGGAAAAAAAGGCAAUGAAAAGGGAAGAAAAGGGGCAAGUUAAGGUUUCUGUGGGAAUUGAUCUCCUAUGGGGGGCUCUGGUGAACGACCUGAGCGCUCUUCUUCCGAUUCUCAUCCCCAAUUUAGUGACGGAGGGCGAGAUGUUGCAGGGAGACGGCCGCCUGGGCACGGUUUACCACUUCAAAUUUGGCACUGGUGUGCCAAAUAUGAGCUACCAGAAGGAAGAAAUAGUGGAACUCGAUGAGAGUGUGCAUCGGAUUGGGCUGCAAGUGAUCGAGGGGGGUCGCCUUGGCCUAGGCUUCACCUACUACAAAAACACGUUCCAGCUCACUGCAACUGGUGAUUCGGAAACUCUAGUUGAUGCCACAGUCGAUUAUGAGACUGAACGCCAAGAGACGAAUGCGCCUCCAGGGGAAACGGUGACGACUGGAAUCGCUUUCAUCAAGGAACUCGAAGCUUUUCUGCUGAAGCAAGAACCAAAUUAGUGAGCUUCUUUUAUGUAUGUUGGCAAAUAAAUAAGUUGCAUCAGCUGCUUUCCUAUUAUGUGAUCGCUCAUAUUAUUGUUAUUGAUUCUGAAACAUGCGGUUGGAUGGUUUCACAA